AUGAAGGUUUAUCUACAACAUACCCUCUUGGGGCUGGGUCUAUCAGGCCUGAGCUUAGCUGGGGUCGCGGGGAGGAACAUAGAGGUGAUACGGUUCCACAGCCUUGGGGGUGUAACCACCGAUUCUUUGCACAACAUACAUGUCGAGUUCCUGGACGAUCAGUUCGAAGGUCAGCUGCAGCUUGUGUACGGGGAAUGCGGGAUCCAAGAUCCGACGCAGAGUCACCAUUCGAUCGGGAGCACGUUCGUUAAACGCGAAGCGCAUCCCGAGCGAUUUGUUUGGACCACACCAUCUGACGCACCCCAUUCGCAUUGUCUGCAUGCUUUCUCCGGAUCGACGCUUGUGGGCCGCUCUUCUCCCAUCAUGGUCUCGUCACCCGUCAAGAAGCGCGAGAGUAUCGCCGAUGUGGCAGAUGCCAUGGGACCGUGGUUUGACGGAGUGGCUUACAUGAAGUCAAAAGAGCAAAGCCACGCAUUCGUUUCUAAGGCGAAGAGCGCCUCUGUUGCUAUUCUCGGAGGUGGAAUGUCCGGAUUGAUGACGAGUUUGCUGCUCGACUCUGUUGGUAUCCAUAACUGGCACAUCUACGAAUCAUCGGGGCGACUCGGUGGUCGUAUUCGUACCAAAUACCUCAACAACACCACUCCUGAUCAGUACCAGUACCAGGAGAUGGGACCAAUGCGAUUCCCUGUUAGCAUCACCUACACCGACACCAAUGAGACACUCGAAAUCCAAGAUCACCGAAUGGUCUUCCAACUCGCCAGAGUCCUCAAUAAGAUGAACAGUCACAAGGAGAAUCUCCAGGUCAACUUCAUCCCCUUCGUGCAGAACAGCCCUAAUGUUCCCGCAGCCUCUGGCGGUAACCGUCUCCCCAACGGUCGAAUCCCCAGUGUCUCCCAAGUCGCUGCCAACUCAUCGCUAGUCUACAAGGCUGCCUCAUCCAACGAAACAGGCGUUGAAAACGCAGAAUCCGCACUCGCUGACUACACCAAAACCAGCGACCGCGAAACAAUCCGCAAGAUCGCAACCAACCUGUACCAGGCCCACAAGCAAGCCGUUGAAGACGGCAUGUUCCACUGGUCCGAAGCCGGGUACCUGAAGUACGCGCUGGGCUACGACAACAACGUCACCGACUAUGUCGCCGGUUCAGAUAACUCCCCAAUGUGGGGCUACGACUCCGUCUACUUUUCCGCCACCAAAUGGCGCACCAUUGACAAGGGUCUGGAGUCGCUCCCUCGCGCAUUCUACCCUCACGUCCAGAAGAAGACCACCUUCAACCGCACAGUCGACGGACUGAUCUACAACGAGACAACGGGCAAAAUCGCCGUCGCAUGGCGCGAAGACCUGUUCCAGAUGGUGCCGGAAACAAAGGAAUACGACUACGCUGUUGUUGCUGCACCAUUCAGCAAAGUCAGACUCUGGGAUCUACCCCGGUACUCGUCACUCCUGAGCCGCGCAAUCUCGACCAUGAACUACAGUCCCUCGUGCAAGAUUUCACUGCUCUACAAGACGCGCUUCUGGGAACACAUGGAUGAGCCGAUCCUCGGCGGAUGCGGGUCGGUUGAUGUCCCGGGUGUCGGAAGUGUCUGCUACCCCUCCUUCAACAUGAACGCGACAGGACCUGGUGUUAUUCUGGCAUCAUACGUCUCGGGAACGCCGGCUCGGUCAACGGCAGCGCUGACUGACGAGGAACAUGUUGCACAUGUUCAACGUGCCAUGGUUGAGGUGCAUGGUGAGAUUGCUGCUGAGCAGUUUACCGGUAUCUACGAUCGCCAGUGCUGGGAGGUUGACCACCACCAGGCUGGUGCUUGGGCUAGUCCCCUUGUUGGACAGCAGGAGCUGUAUUUGCCUGCUUACUAUCAGACCGAGUUUAAGACUAUCUUUAUUGGCGAGCAUACUAGUUAUACUCAUGCUUGGAUCUUCUCGGCCUUGGAUUCGGCUGUUCGUGGCACAACGCAGUUGUUGCUUGAUCUUGGCUUGGUUGAUGAGGCUAAGGAUAUUGUUGACACUUGGAUGGGUAGAUGGAUUAAGCUGUGA